AUAUGCAGAGAGAGAGAGGCAUCGGAAAUCUUUGUGGGGAAGAGAGAGAGAUGACAAUUCUUCAAUUCAGUCUCGCUCUCUCUUCUUCUUCUUCUGCUUCUUUUCCAGUAUUGUUGGGAAGUAAUUUCAAGAUUCCGUCAAAAUAUAUUCCCUCACUCUCACAUUUCUUGAAUUCCAAACACUCCCAUCUUCUUCACUUACCCAAUUCACGAGUUUCUGGAAGUCCCACCAACAAGUCAAGAUUUUCCAAGUCCAAGAUCACUUGCUCUGCCAAGUCUGUGGACCUAGAGAGUUCUGAAAUUGUUAAAGAGAAAAGUGUCUCUGUCAUCCUUUUAGCUGGUGGAAAGGGCAAAAGGAUGGGCGCAAACAUGCCAAAGCAGUAUCUUCCGCUUCUUGGCCAACCAAUUGCUUUGUAUAGUUUCUACACUUUCUCGCACAUGAUUGAAGUAAAGGAAAUCAUCGUAGUUUGUGAUCCUUCUUACAAAGACAUUUUUGAAGACAUAAAAGAGAAUAUCCAUGUAGACCUGAAGUUCACAUUGCCUGGAAAGGAGAGACAAGAUUCUGUAUACAGUGGUCUUCAGGCAGUUGAUGUAAAGUCUGAACUUGUCUGCAUCCAUGAUUCUGCUAGACCUCUGGUGACCACUGGAGAUGUCAAAAAGGUUCUUAAGGACGGUUGGCUGAAUGGAGCAGCAGUACUUGGUGUUCCUGCAAAAGCUACAAUAAAAGAGGCAAAUAGUGAAUCCUAUGUAGUAAAAACUCUGGACAGGAAAACACUAUGGGAAAUGCAAACCCCACAGGUCAUUAAGCUGGAGUUGCUCAAGAAGGGUUUUGAACUUGUUAAUAGGGAAGGCCUUGAAGUCAUUGAUGAUGUAUCUAUUGUGGAGCACCUCAAACAUCCCGUAUACAUAACUGAAGGAUCUUACACCAACAUCAAGGUUACGACUCCUGAUGAUUUAUUACUUGCAGAAAGGAUAUUGAAUAUCAGCUCCUCAGAGGCAUCGUAGUAAAAUUCCCCCUCGUGGGCAGAUCUGGGUUGAAAAACACAGUUUUCGAAAUUCAUUUUUUUAUAUAGAGGGUUUUGGAAUGGAACUACUUUUACUCAUUGAAAUAUUUCUAAUGGCAGCUAGUAGAAAACGAAUAAAUGAUAAAAUUGAUGGGAAAAUAAUAGUAUGAUUCUAAUUAAUGAUGUCGAAUUGGGAAAUUGUUAGGUAUAAUCAGUAGUUGGUUGAAGAAAGGUACUAGGAUCUUUAUUGUCAUGAUGGAAAGAAAUGGACAAAAAUUUUGUUGGAGAUGAGAUGCAAUGACACGAUCUGUCAAUGCAGUAAAGCUGCGGGUUUGGCACUUUUAAGGUCAAACAUGUUGCAAGUAAACAAAUAUUAUUGAUUUCCUAGUUUUUCACUUGUUUUGCAACUUUUUAACAGCUUAGAAUCAUAAUUGUGUAUUGCUUUCAAUCUGAUUAUCAAACCAGUAAGCUCUAAUACCAUUUGAAUGC